AUGCACAAUUGCGGCCGGAGCAACGCCGCUCUCAACGCACUACAAGAAAGUAGAGAUAGGCAUAGCGACAUAGGGAAGUCACCCGACAAGCUUCUUCUGCAGGGAGGCGAGUUCUCCAUACUCUCAGUAACUGAGAUUGCACUAGCUGCCGUCAUGAUGCAAACUUCUUCAGUACUAAUGACUGGUGCGGGAAACGUCGAGAUGCAUCUGAAAUGCGCACUCCACUUCAUCAAAGACCUGGGAUAUCUCUGCCGUCCUCCAGAUUCCAUCUUUUCAAGAACCCUCGUCAACCGAUUUGCUAUGGUCGAUGUUGUUCAUGCCCAUCUGCGUUUCCGGCGGCCCCUGGCCUCAUUUGACUUUUUUAUGUACCAGGAAGACGAGAAGUUGGAUCACGGUGACCCAGCAUUCCGCGAGAUGCAUGGAUGUGACCAACGCGUUCUUUGCUUUCUGGCUGAGAUAGCUGUGCUCAGUGCCGAUCUAUUGGAUGGCAGCACCACACAUGAUCUGGUCCAGGCCAAGGCAUACACGUUGGAAACAGAGAUGCGUAUUUGGGGUCACAAGUAUUACAACUCUAUGAUCCGGGGUGCCUCUACGUCCAAAACUGCAACGCAGGCCCCAUCUUCGUCACCAUCUUCACAACCAUCCCCUAUGUCUUUGAGCCAUAUUUCUAUUUUAGACAUUGUCUGCGAAUGUUUUUACUGGACGGCCCAGUUGCUUCUACUUCGGAGGUUAUUCCUUGAUCCCACUAAGUCGUCACGGGUACAGCUUGUACGGAGGCAUUUAUUUCAAAUCAUGGAUAAGCUUGAACCCGGUUGCGGUCCUGACUCGUCGCUUCCUUUCCCAUUUUAUAUGGCUGCACGCGAGGCCACCACUUUGGCGGAGAGGGACUGGGUACGGCGGAAGCACGCCGCGAUGAUGGAGGUAUAUCGCGACCGUUCAAGGGAGUAUAUGAUGGAAUACACUGAGAAGAUCUGGAAUAAUGCCGCACCAGUGGCGAAUUCCAAUGCAAGUGACGAUACCCUGUCAUGGUGUACACCUCGAGAACAGUAUAUUCGAGAGCUGGAUAAACAAAGCACCUAUUUCAUGUUCUAG